UUCAAUGUUCAAUUUCUCUUUACCAAUGAAAAACAUUCACAAUAAAAUCUCAACUUGAAUAUAAAAUAGAAGCUCAUCCUUCUUUUCUGUAGGCUGCUGAGGCUUUGUUUGAACAGAGUGCUGCAGCCUCUGCUGUUACCAUGACAGCUCGCAUCCAGCAGCUAGCUCAGCCCAAACCCAACCGACUCCAAUAUCCAGACCGUCCUUCUGUUUACUGGCUGGACAAAUCUCCUCCCCCGCAGAGGACCAAACUCCCCACUGAGAGUGGUACAGCUGUCGCUUAUUUAAAUAUACAGUAUGUGUAUAAAAUGCAGCAGCUCUGUUAUUAUUUAUUUUAUGUUGUGUUCACAGAGUUAACGCCUCGCUGGGCUGAACUGUGUGGAAGUCAAAAGUUCUACGCUCAACUCACGCGUUCCCCCAUGUGGAAAGUGAGUGACGCAGCUCUCAGGGCCGUAGCGUCAGAGCGGCUGUGUCGUCUCGCCCAGCCCCGGACCCCCCCAUCCGCCUGGCAGCCGGCCUUCCUUCUGCCCAUCCCUCUGAGAAGAGCAACGCAGACUGCGGUAGCCACCCCUCGGAUUUGCCAGCUGGCCCGACCAAAGACCCGUCCUUUUGUUGGGAGUCAUGUAUUCCAACUUGGUGCCCCCAAGACGCCCAGGAAAGCUUCAGCGCACAUAGAGCUUCUUGCCAGUAAGUGCACUGUUGUUCACCAAGCCAUACCAACCCCCAAACGUGAACACCCUAAACACGAGGAUGGGCGUCCAGUGUGCUGGCCUGUGUCCCGAGCGGCCAGAACCCACAUAGCCAGUCAAAGACUUGUGGCGCUGUCCAGUCCAAAGCAGAGGAAGGCUCUCUUUGAAGGCUACGACCCGUACACAGUUAGCCAAGCUGCCCGCUCUGCAGACCCCUCACCUCGGAUACAGCAGCUCUGUCUACCAGCGCCCCACAAGUGUAGCUCCAAGUAGGGGUGUGUUUUUGUGGUGAUCAUUUUAAUUAAUAUAAAAUAAAUAACAUUUUGAGGGCUGCAAGGGGGGGUCGAGUGGAUAGCGCGCAGACCUCACAGCUAGGAGACCCGAGUUCAAUCCCACCCUCGGCCAUCUCUGUGUGGAGUUUGCAUGUUCUCCCCGUGCAUGCGUGGGUUUUCUCCGGGUACUCCGGUUUCCUCCCACAUUCCAAAAACAUGCUAGGUUAAUUGGCCACUCCAAAUUGUCCAUAGGUAUGAAUGUGAGUGUGAA